CUGAGUGCGUGUUCGUGUUAUGUGUGUUUGUGUAUAUGUGUGUCGAUCAUGGCUUACCAACUAAAACUGGCAGAGAAACUGGUGGUUUUAAACGAGCGGGGAAGAGGAGUGUUGAUCCGCAUGAAUCAUAUCAAAAAGACAUGUGGAGACGCGAAUCGCCGGCCCGCCUUUUUCUCUGAUAAAUCCAUGGAACCUGCCAUAAAAUUCAUCAACAGGAAAUUUCCCAACAUUGACUUCAGAGGAGGAAGUCAACAGCUCAGUAGCAUUCAGAAGCAGAAGUCCGGUGUGCUGGAGGCCCUGGGCAGCUUCUAUGACUCCUUCAUUGAUGUGAUGGAGUUCAGGGAUCAUGUUUAUGAGGUUUUGAACACCAUCGAUGCCUGCCAGUGCUUCUUCAACAUUGCUGUGAACUUUGACUUCACUAAGAAUUACCUGGACCUGAUCAUCACCUACACCUCCGUCAUUCUCAUGCUGUCUCGCAUAGAGGACAGAAAAGCUCUGAUUGGCAUGUACAACUGCGCAUAUGAGCUCUCUAAUGGCAGCAGUGAACCCUCGUUCCCUCGCCUUGGGCAAAUGAUCAUAGAGUAUGAAAAUCCCCUAAAAAAACUCACGGAGGAGUUUGGACCACAUACUAAGUCAGUUACAGAGGCUCUGCUAUCACUGCAGUAUGUUUAUCCUCGGAGGAACCUGCCGGCGGAACAGUGGCGCGGCGCUCAGCUUCUGAGCAUCAUCAACACACCAGCAACCAUGAUUAACCCAGAGACCAGCGACACGAUGGCGUGUGAGUAUUUAUCAUUGGAGGUGAUGGAGCGCUGGAUUAUUUUGGGAUUCCUGUUGUGCCACAGCAGUCUGGCCUCAAACGCUGCGUCUCUGGAUUUGUGGAAGAUGGCUUUACGCAGCGGGUUUUAUGUUACGCUCAUCAGAGAUGAAGUUAUUAACAUCCACAAACUGUCUGAGGACCAUUUCGACUCCAUGAAAGGUUACAGUAAGCGAGUUGCUGAUAUUAAAGAGUCUAAAGACCACGCAACAGCUAACUGUGGAGCGAUUCACCGGGAGAAGCGACACUUCCUAAGAACCGCUUUAAAGGAGCUGACGAAGGUGUUAGAGGACCAACCAGCUCUGCUCGGACCAAAGGCAUUGUUUGUGUUUAUCGCUAUGUCAUUCUCACGUGAUGAAAUCUGCUGGCUGGUGCGUCAUCAUGAAAAUGUCCCAAAAACCAAAACUCCUGAGGAUUACACUGAUGCGCAGAUAGCAGAGCUGCUGUUCUACAUGGAGAAGCUUCGGACUCUGCUGCAGCGUUACUGCAGCGUUAUUCAGCGUUACCACCUACAGUAUCUCUCCCGGUUCGACGCUCUCAUACUAAACGACACCAUCCAGGGCAUGGUUGUAUGUCCCGAGGAGGAGUCUGUGCUCAUGACAUCAUUCGUUUCAGAUCUGAGCGCGCUCACACUCAAACAGCUGGAGUGUGGAGAUGAACUGGAUUUUAAGGCCCUUAGACUUGACUGGUUACGUUUACAGGCAUACACGAGUGUGGCUAAAGCCCCUCUAGCUCUGAAGGAUUACUGUGAUCUGGCUAAAAUCAUGAACAUGACACAGUUUCACACUCGCAUGAUGGACGACGUGGACGAGCUUCUCAACGAGACAGGCGAUGUGUCCAUACUCGGGUUUUACCCACGUGUGUGUGAGCGUUUGUUCUCACUGAGCAGUGAGGAUCCAUCAAUGCACAGAUUCUUGAUGGCCUUUCCGAUGUCCUGCUCUCACUUAAGUCACUGCACACACACACUGUGUCCUGAAGAAGCAGAGCUGAUGGAGAAAAGCACUCUCAGGCUGUGUAUUAAGUUUCUGGAGCAGAUUGCCAAUCAGACGUGUUCAGUCUUCCUGGAGCUUUCUGCUGAACAGUGUAACUUGCAUGAACAGCUGUUGCCGAAACACUCCGCUGAGACAAUCAGUACUGCACGCAAUAAAAAACUGAAAAAACCUCCACCAAAGAAAGGAGAGACGGUGAAGAUCAAACCUGGAGCUGAGAGUCAGAGAAAGAACCGAUCUGUUGUUACCACGAUGGAUAAGCUGCACAUGGCUCUGACGGAGCUCAGCUCCUCAUACAGUGUAUGUUCAGAGUUCAGUGUGUUUAAACACCUCAUAGUUCCUACAGAGUUCCUCAUCACACAGCUGGAACUGCGCCUCAGCAAGACUAUUGUGCGUUUGGUAAAUUUUAACCCAAACACACGUGAGAUCUGUCGGCCAUCUGAGCUGCUGGCGCUGAUUGAGUCGUACAUGACCAGCUUAAACACCCUGAGUGCCUUCGUCCACACUGAUGUCAGCCGCGUCAUGAAAAGCGUCCUACUGCAACACACUCACCCACUGGAUGCGCAUGGCACACACACCAUCACCACGCUCUACACCAACUGGUAUUUGGAGAGUUUGCUGCGACAGGCGAGUGGCGGAGUCAUCGCUCACUGUCCCACAAUGCAUUGUUUCACCAAUAUCACUGUGGAAAAUGAGCAAAACAUCAAAGCUGAGCAGUUCUCCGACAUCUGUGAGUUGCGAGCUCUGGCAGAGCUGAUUGGUCCAUAUGGAAUGAAGUUUCUUGGAGAGAAUCUGAUGUGGCACAUUACCUCCCAGAUCUCAGAGUUAAAGAAGCUGGUGUUUGAGAACAUGGACCUUUUGGUGCAGAUCCGAGCAAAUUUUGACAAACCUGAUGUUACAGGCGGCCUUCAGAAGAAACUUACAGGGUGUGAGAAUGUGCUGAAGCGUUUGACCAUCAUCGGAGUGAUUCUGUCGUUUCGCACCAUGGUGCAGGAAGCGCUGGAAGAGGUGAUGCACAAACACUGUCCAUUCCUGAUGGGACCCAUCGAGUGUGUACGGGAUCUCAUCAGCCCUGACACUGACAUCAAGGUGGUGUUGAGUGUGUAUGAGCUGGCAUCUUCAGCAGGUGUGCAGUGUGACAUUGACCCCACCCUUGUUGCUGCCAUCGCGAACAUGCGCUCAGACAAUGCAUCAGCGGAGGAGGAAUAUAAACUGGCCUGUCUGCUGCUGGUGUUCGCUGCAGUGUCACUGCCCAUACUCGCCAUCGACCCAAACUCAUUCUACAGUCGGGAACUUGGAGGUCACCAGAACAACAUCCACUGUUUCGCCUCCGCGAUUAACCAUCUUGCUGCUGCCAUGUUCACUGUCCAGAACAAGAACAUCGAACAGCACCUCCGCGAGUUCCUGUUGAUUGCAUCAUCAGCGUUACUGCAGCUUGGACAGAACAUUGAGAAAGUAGAGAUUAGACACAGAGACUCCGUCUACCUGUUGCUGGACAUGAUAGUGGAACAGUCCCCGUUUCUCAGUCAGGAUGUGUUGGAGAACUGCUUCCCCUACGUGCUCCUCCGUAAUGCCUACAGAGAAGUGCACAAGACUUUCAUACAUAAUAUGGGAUAAACAUGCGCACACGCACACACGCACACACACACACAGGUUUUAUUUUUAGGUUAUCCUAUGCUAAGGCUGCAUGAGAGGGCGUGGCCAGGGUGGGGCAACACAGAGAGCCAAAGGAAGAGCUCAUGAUGUGUAGAAAUGUUUUUGAAUUUACAGUAUGUUCUAAUGGUUAAUUGUUGCUUGGUUAAAUUCCUGCAUAUUAUGAUAAAUUAUUUAUAAUUAUUAAUAAUUAUUAAUAUCAGUUUUUAAUCUCUGCUUGUUGCUUUUUUAUCACAGUGUAUUUUGUCAUCAUUGCAUUAACAAAAGAAAAAAAAUCAUAGAUCUUUUCUCAUUAUUAUGACAUUUUAAUCUUAUUAUCAUGAGAAACGGUUAAGUGGCCAUCACUUUUGACGAGACAGGGACAGUGGUGCUCACGUCUACCGAUUCAAUGCACUAGAUGUUCAUUUCACUGAGUUAGUAAGUCCUAAUUAUCAGAUAAGACCUGUGCCUUGUUUUUCUUUUGUGAAUGCAGUGUGCUUCUGUAGUAUCUCAGCAUUAUAAUCAUGUGCUUCAUGAUCAAAAAUAAAUAAAUAAACACAA